CACCUUCAGCCACGCCAAGCCUAUCCGCAAUGCACGCCGCCCGCUCGCUCCUCCUCCUCGGCGCCCUCGCCGCCACGGCCGCCGCGCAGCAGGACAGCAUGUCGCGUGUCAUCAACAUCAACAACCUCGACGACUUCUGCCUCUACGCGCCGCCCAACGGCGGCGGCGUGGCGGAGCACGAGGCCGAGGAGGUGGCGUACUGCACCAAGAGCGGCUACGGCACACGCGUCUUUCCCGAGGGCACCAUCCAGGGCGCGCACUGGGUGCGCACGCCGCACUAUGUGCAGGUGACGGGCACGGGCGACUUCACAAAGAUCGGCAUCACGGCCGGCGACGAGGGCGGCGAGCUCGACCCGCACGGCGCCACGGGCGAGGGCAACCCCGUGGGCGGCGUCGUGUACUCGAACAACGUCCAGAUGCCCGAAUGGAUGCAGUUCCAAAGCGCCACCGACUUCUGCAUCCGUGCCUGCUUCCCGGGCGAUCGCGCCACGUCGCUCUGCCGGCACACGUACGACGUGCUGGGCUGCGGCUUCAACAUGCCGGGCAACUACGCCGCGGGGCAGUUCGAGUCGUGCGACGGCGACGACGCGCAGGACAUCAUGUACGGCUACCCGGGCCUCGCGACGUUCCAGCAGACGGACACGAGCUACGGCGUCGCGGUGCCGAGCCCGCACCCGGCGCCGAGCAGCAGCAACUGCAAGUUCCAGGCGACCAUCACCGGCGGCAGCACUGUGCCGGCCAACCAGGCCGCGGCCGCGGCGUCGACGAGCUCCUCGAGCAGCAGCAGCAGCUCCUCGUCGAGCGCCACGCCCACCUCCACCUCGUCGUCGUCCAGCAGCAGCACGGCGACAAGCACCGUCACCUCCGGCACGACACGCACCACCGUCGCCGUGCAGAUCGUCACGUCCAGCAGCACGACGAGUGCCUCGGUGAUUUCGGCGACACAGCGCGCCUCGUCGCAGACCGGCGCCGCGGCGACGCUGGCGCUCGCCCCGCUCUCGGGCGCACUGCUUGCGCUCGUCGGAGGUGCGCUGCUGCUGUGAACUGCGCCUCUCCCUUGCUACCCGCUUGCCC